UCUUUCGGGAUCACAUUCAGCGAUAACCAUCCACGCUGAGCUCCUGCAACUUACUGUGCUACAGGAUCACACAUGGCUAACGAAUCGAGGCCCUGCCCAUGUGAUAUUGGAGACAAAUUUGACUAUGGAGGCCGUGGGCAGGAAGUACAAGUUGAGCACAUCAAAGCUUAUGUUUGCAAAGCACCUGCCAGCACUGAUAAAGCUGUGAUUGUGAUUCAUGAUAUCUUUGGAUGGCAACUCCCAAACACCAGAUAUAUAGUUGAUAUGCUUGCAACUAAUGGAUACACAGCCAUCUGCCCAGACUUUUUUGUGGGACAAGAAGCUUGGAACCUUUCUAAUGACUGGGCUGCUUUUGAUGAGUGGCUGAAAACCCGACAGGCCAACAAAAUAGACAAAGAAGUUGAUGCUGUCCUGAAGUAUCUAAGGGAACAAUGUGGUGCAAAGAAGAUCGGUGUCAUUGGGUUUUGCUGGGGUGGAGCAGCAGUUCAACAUCUAAUGCUGAAGAACCCUCAUUUAAAGACAGGGGUGUCUGUCUAUGGAGUGAUCAAGUUCUUUGACAACGGACUCAAUUUGCUUCAUCCCACCUUCUUCAUUUUUGGUGAAAAGGAUGAAAUCAUCCCGUUGGAGCAGGUCACUGACCUGGAGCAGAAACUUAAACAAAGCUGCAAAGUGGAUUAUGAAGUUAAAGUCUACCCUGGACAGACGCAUGGGUUUGUACAUCGCAAAAGAGAAGCUAUCAACCCUCAAGAUAAACCUUUCAUUGAGGAAGGAAGAAAGGAUAUGAUCAACUGGCUGAAUAAAUAUCUUUAGCAUAAAUAAAUGCCUGUAAAACAAACCAAUUGUUGUAGGGAAUCAGAAAAUAACACAGAUUCCGUUGAUUAAAGUGCUCUU